GUUUCGUCUGUCGUCAUGGAAAUUAUUGUUGAUUUAGCGACAGACUUAUCUGAUUAUACGGAGGCCAUGUAAGGAAUUCCCUUUCUAUCCCGCCCAGCUCUGUGCUCUGAAUCCUCUGCAGUCUGCAUCAGCAAAGUGUCUUGGCAUCACUUCUCGUCCUUCCUCCAGUGUCCAUUCCGGCGUCAUGUGAAUGGGGAUCACGGUGGUCUCUCUCUCUCUCUCUCUCGUCCUCCUCCGUCGAGCUCAGUCGUUAGUGCCGACGUCCUCGCUCUGGUAGUCCCGGUGGGGUAGUGUCCCUGUCCCCGCUGUCUCCGGUUUAUCCUGCACCCUUCGGCGUGCGGCUGAACGGAGGAUGAGCGAGCAAGGGAAGGGCUCGGCAUCCGCCUCUGCCGCGGCCCCGGCUCCAGGGUCGGAUACUUACAAAGGCUGGCUUUUUAAAUGGACCAACUAUUUAAAAGGGUACCAGCGGCGAUGGUUUGUCCUCAGCAAUGGCCUGCUUUCAUAUUACAGGACGCAAGCAGAGAUGGCCCAUACGUGUCGUGGAACAAUCAACUUGGCCACGGCACACAUCGACACAGAAGACGCCUGCAACAUUGUCCUGAGCAGUGGCGGCCGCACUUACCACCUGAAGGCUAGCACAGAGGUGGAGCGGCAGAGAUGGGUCACUGCAUUGGAACUAGCCAAAGCUAAAGCCAUCCGCAUGAUGAACGAUCAGUCUGAUGACUCGGGAGACGAGGAGCCUACAUCCCAGUCGGACCGCAGCGAGAUUCAGGGCACCUUGAAAAUACUUGUCAGCAAGCUCGAUGACCUCAGCACAUGUAAUGACCUGAUCGCCAAGCACGGAGCGGCCCUGCAGCGUUCCCUGAGUGAACUCGAGGGUCUGAAAGUCCCUGUGGAGGGAGGGGAGAAGAUCAAGGCAGUCAAUGAGCGAGCCACCCUCUUCCGCAUCACUUCCAAUGCUAUGAUCAAUGCGUGUCGAGACUUCUUGGACCUAGCAGAGACUCACAGUAGGAGAUGGCAGCGAGCACUGCAGUAUGAGCGAGAGCAGCGUACCCACCUAGAGGAGACCAUUGAGCAGCUAGCCAAGCAGCAUAACAGCCUGGAGCGAGCGUGGAGAGAAGCGCCCACGCUUGCUUCCACCACACCCAGUGCCACUACUACCAACAAGGAAGGGAGCGAGAGGCUGCAAAAAGAAGAGGCGAGUGAUGAAGAUGAAGAUACUGAGUACUUUGAUGCCAUGGAGGACUCCCCUGCAUUUAUCACAGUGACCGCAGCUGAGAACACACAGCACAGGAGAUCUCAGAGUAACUUGAGCGGAGCGAGCGGAGGUCAGCCCAGUGACUGGAACCAGGACGACCAUAUGUCUCCAAGCUGUAAUGAUGUGUCAGGGAAGGAGCUGCAGCCCCGCAGACAGAGGCGGACUCGUGUCCCAGACAAGCCCAACUAUUCCCUCAAUUUGUGGAGCAUCAUGAAAAACUGCAUCGGCAAGGAGCUCUCUAAAAUUCCCAUGCCUGUAAACUUCAAUGAGCCCCUGUCGAUGCUGCAGCGUCUCACAGAGGACCUGGAGUAUCAUGAGCUCUUGGAUAAGGCAGCACGCUGUGAAUCCUCCCUGGAGCAGAUGUGCCUGGUCGCUGCCUUCUCCAUAUCAUCCUACUCCACCACGGUCCAUCGGACGGCCAAGCCCUUCAACCCCCUCCUGGGCGAGACCUAUGAGCUCGAUCGCCUGGAGGAAUUUGGCUACCGCUCGCUGUGUGAGCAGGUGAGCCAUCACCCUCCUGCAGCUGCACAUCACGUGAUUUCCCAACGAGGCUGGACCCUGUGGCAGGAAAUCACCAUCGCCAGCAAGUUCCGUGGCAAAUACCUCUCCAUAAUGCCUCUGGGUGCCAUUCACCUGCAGUUCCACUCCAGCGGGAACCACUAUGUGUGGAGAAAGGUCACCUCCACUGUUCACAACAUCAUUGUGGGCAAGCUGUGGAUUGACCAGUCGGGGGACAUUGAGAUUGUGAAUCACAGGACCAAGGAGACCUGCCAGCUCAAGUUCUCUCCCUACAGUUAUUUCUCCAGGGACGUUCCACGCAAGGUGACAGGUGUAGUGGCAGACAGUGGGGGCCAGGCUCACUACAUCCUGUCUGGGACGUGGGAUGAUAAAAUAGAGAGUGCCAAAAUCAUCCAGAGCAGCCGAGGCGGCAGUGGGUCAGAGGGCAAGCAGAAGACGGUCUAUCAGACGUUGUCCCCCAAGCUGCUGUGGAAGAAGUACCCCCUCCCGGAAAACGCCGAGAACAUGUACUACUUUUCCACGUUGGCACUGACCCUUAAUGAGCAGGAGGAAGGAGUGGCACUAACCGACAGCCGUCUGAGACCAGACCAGAAGCUGAUGGAGGAAGGACGAUGGGAUGAGGCAAACUCAGAAAAACAGAGGCUAGAGGAGAAACAACGAGCCGUGAGGAGGAGGAGGGAAGCAGAGGCCUCAGACGCUCUGGAUGACGGCAGAGAAUACGAAGGCUACCAGCCGUUGUGGUUUCACCAGCGGAGGGACUCAGUCACUGGAGAGACGAGCUUUGUGUACAAGGGAGGUUACUGGGAGGCGAAGGAGAGACGGGACUGGAACGUGUGUCCUGACAUCUUCUAACCCAGGAACUCAUCCGGGAUCACUCCUAACCUCAUCGGGCAGGGAACCGCUCUGCUUCCGGUCCUUAAGCAAUGGGGCGUAGCUGGGUUAUGAGCACCAUGUGGACCUUUAGUGAGCACGAGAAUGUGUCUGUUUGACACACUCUCGAAUUACACUGUACCUCCAAAUGUGCACUGUCAUUCUGUUUUUACCAUGGAGAGAAGGAAGGGGCUUUCCAGUGAUUAAUCCUCUGUGACACUUUACCGAAACAGCAGUGAGAAAAUGUGUGGAUGUGAACUCGAGGCCACACAGUAAAGGCACCUGCACACUCCUGAGAUCAGGUGAUUUCUAAAUCCUACGUACAAUGCACUUUUCCGUGUUCACCCCAUUUAAGAGUUUUACCGAUUAGACAGAAACCCUUCGAAGCAGCUCAUGAUAAUACACUGACAGGGACAAAGUCAUGAACAGGCACACAGAAACAGAACAGUGUUGAAGGUUAGGAGAAAAGUGUCCUCAUCCUCUGUUUUAUUCAGCACAAUUGAGAUUAUGCUGGACCUACUUCAUAAAUCUUAAAUUAGUUCUUCUUCUUCUUCUUCUUCAUGGGAAUGAUUUCAAGUGCUCAUUAUUUGCACCCUUUUAGUUGCUUUAAAAAGAGGCCAAAGCCUGAAAAUGGUGUCUGAACAAAUUCCCGUCUUGUAGAUUUUAUUAUCAAUAAUGUAGGUGCAAAGUGUUCAGAAUUAAUUGUCAGUAAAUAAGACUUUAAAAAAAAUAAAAACUAAAAACUAAAAAACUAAAAAAAUUACUUAAUAACUACAGACAAAAUACAUCAAUUCAUUUCUACAAUUCAGUUUCUAUAAAUUAUCUGUUAUCAUUUCUUUUCAAAAUCGCUUUUUUUAAAAUAAAAAACAGAAAAACUCAGAGCUAACCACUUUCAAAAAAAGGAAAAUUUAAAAUAAAAACUGCUGGUAAGAAAUAAAACCUUGAAAAUUCUAAAAAUUAACAGGACAAAAUGAUAUUAAUAAUAAUGAUCUAUGUUUUUUUUUUAAAUAUAUUGGAAUGCAUAAUUCACCAUUUUCUGAUUUAUACAUUUUGUCUGUAUUUAUCGGUAUGAUUCUUGACUUGAUAAUGUCUUAUUUACUUAAUUUUCAACACUUUACAGCUUACUCAGUAGAGGCUGGUUUAUCUGAACUGAUGAAAUAUGCAGCCAGUUUAAUUUGGUGUGAAUGUCUCCCUCUUGAUACAUGAAGUGACAGUCUGUCCAGUAGUCAGUUAGACUGUAGUCCAUGUAGAGAUAAAAUGACUGCUUAAUCAUUUCAUAUUUUGAAUAUAAAUUGCCUCCAUGCUUCGAUGCAUCUUGGUCAUCUGAAGAAGCUUCAGACAUCCAUUUGUGAUUCUGAUCAGUAUAAAUCUGCAGUAGUCAGUCCUUCAGUUGUACAGUACAACACUGAACACCAGUGUCCCUCUAACAGGGAUCUGCAUCAAAGAACUGAACACGCACUUUUCACUGUGGUUGACCAUAGGUGACUGUAGUACAUAUCUCUGUGUAGAUGUUGAGGAAAAUUUCACUCUGUACACGUACUUUACCUUGUCCUCUGGUGCUUUCCCAUAGCAACACAUACCGUAUCCUCGGUGACCAUUUUCAGUGACAUCAUUCUCAAAUCACUGGGACAUUCAGAAAUUACCACCCUGUGCAGUACAUCCAGGAACAUGUUGAUUUCCAUAGUGAGCACUAGUUCCCCAGCCUCUGCAGCUCAGCAGAGCGACCAUAUGUGGGGCUGAGGCGGUUUCUCUGUGGAGUCCAGAGUGGCUGCAGCUGACAGGAGGGCUGGUUCCUGUAGCACACCAAUGUGUCGGUCGGCUCCAGCCACAGAGGACUCUCGCAACCCCACAGCUGCCUCUCUGGGCUCAUCCCAGCUCACAUGUAUAGUCCUUUCAUUCAGCAUUUGUGGGCAUGCUGAUCUGGGAUCAGCUCAUGAAGGUACCCUCAGUCUUUUGCCUUUAACUGACUGAACAAGGGAAAAGAGUCCCCUGACCUGUGCACUACUCACUCCAGUGACAAAACCAGAUGGUUUUUUUUCUUUCUUUCUUUUUUUUUGUAAUUAUUGUUAGGAAUGUGGAAAUCAAGGCUGGAGGUAUUGUAUCUGCCAUCUAGUCUACUUGUGUGAAUAUUUUGUGAUAAAUGAAUGAUAUUGUAAAUUGAAGAAUAGUUAUACUAAUCUGAGUAUGAACUUGUCUGUGCAGCAUAUUUCAGAUCUGGAAAAAAGAAAACGAAUGAGCUGAAUGAGCCUGAAAGAUUUGCUGUAAUUUUAACUUUUAAUCCAGAUUGAUUCUGCAAAGAUGGAUGUGAACCCUUAAUUUGGCUGCAGAUUUCUUGUUUUAUAUUUCCAACAACUGUCUUAACACACUGAAAAUAUUUUUUAUAGAGUCCUUGAUACUAGCACAGUAGUGACCGUGGUUUGGUGAUGAGUUCAUAGAUCAACACAUCUAACAGUUGCUUUGAUGUGUAGGCCAUAAUGAUGUACCCUCUAUAAAAUGCACUGAAACAGAAAUGAAUUCACAUAGAGUAAAUGAGAUUUUCAGUAUCAUGAUACGAGAUGAUAAAAUGUAAAAUGUUUCUCUGUGAGAUUGUUCAUCAGUGAAUUGAUAAUGAAAUUAAUGGUGUUAGUUUAUUUUCUGUACAAAAGAUGCUUCUUCUACUCAUUUAUAUAUAAGGUAUUAAUGAUUUGAUUCGUGGUUGUCAAGAGCACAGUUUGAUCAAUCACUAAAUCUCUUAUCCAGAAGGAACUACUUAAAUAACUUUUUUUUUUUGCCCCCAACAUUAGAUGAGAAGAUCAAAACACAUCUCAUGUCUUGAUAGUAAAUAUGAGGCCAGAGCCAGAAGCUACUUAGCUUAGCCUGAAGACUGGAAUCAGAGGGAAACCCGUCUCUGUCCAAAGGUAACAAAAACUACCAGCCUACCAGCACGUCUGAUGUUCAUUAAUUUACACAUCACACCUAUUUUGUUUAAUUGUCAGGCUAAAAAAGCGAGAUAUAUGUUAAUUAGUGAGCUUUAGAGUUGCUGUUAGGUGGAACUUUCUACCUUCAGAUCUAACAGGUUAGCUGUUUCCAGGCUUCAAGCUAAGCUAAGCUAAACGGCUGCUUUCUCAGCACUGUUGCCACAAUGAAAUGUUAGAACUGUACGUUUCUGCAGCCCUCGGUUAUGUUAGCAACAUUUUUACAAUACGUGUUAUAUCACGUGCUGAUUACAUCUAUAUGAGCUGAAUUUUUCUUAAGGAGCCGGAGGUCUUGGCGAUGGUGUGACCGGCAUGAUGGCUGCCAAGAAAGAGACCACUGCUCAAGACCGCUGGACACUUUGUGGCCGUCUUUGUGGCAAAUUGUCCAGCCGUAUUUGUGACAAAAAACAAAACAAAAACAAACCAGGUAUUUUAAGGCAAAACAUAAUCUUUUCCUAACCCUAACCAAGUGUUUUUAGUGCAUCAACCUAAACAGACCUUAAGCACAGCUUUGUCACAACAUAAAACUGCAAAUGAAAAUAGAUAAUAUAGAUAAAAUUAGAUAAAGAUAAAAUAGAGUUUCUACAAAUCACACGUAAAGUUUAAACACAUUCCUGGGUUUGCAGAAAUGUAUGGUGUCAGCAUUUAUUUUUGCAAAUGUUGAUCAGACAGACAUGAGAGUUGUUUUCUAUCUCAUCAACUAACUUUUGGCAAAAGAAAUGAUCAUAUUUUCCAGAAAUUAAAGAAACUUUGCCUUUUAGUUUUACUAAUUACAGCUUUGGUUCUCCUCCUCCUGUCCAUCCACUUCACAUGGAUACAAGCUAUUGAUAAAGGUUGUGUACAAUUAAAAUCAUAUCGAGUGUGUCACAUGUAAGGAUGGACACUGUUGCAGCGAGCUGUUUCAUUUUAUCUGUCUUGAAAGCUGUCAUUGCACAGUUAAUUCUGUAUCAAAUCCGCACAGUCUGCACAUCUUAAAGAACACAGAUCACUGCUGAAUGGUGGUACAGACGUCGUACAAAUGGAGAGUCCUCUCUCAGCGAUCAGCUUGAGGUCACUAGAGAUUUACUUUAAUAUAUUGUUUUUGAGAUUAUUUUAUAUCUGAGAACGUGUGUUAUAUUUUGAAUGAUAGUGGAGAGCUCAUCAUACCAUUUAAUCGAUGUAUUUCCAAAUAACGUGACCUCAGUACCUGAUGGUGACUGGCCUGCUGAAGCUGCCCCAGUGAGGGCCCGUGCAGUAUCCGACGGUUGUAGCAAUAACGCGGUGAGGCGUAGAUUUGUCAGCUCACGGCUGUUGUUGCUUCAAACAGAACAGUUGUUGGCCUCAUGCUGAAAGGGAAAAACAAAAUCAACCAAAGUGUACGUGGAGAGUUUACUGUAGACUAAAAACAAAAAAACCAACAAAAAAUAAAACCUCUUCACCUGCCUUCCCUUUCUCAGAGGGCUCUAAUGUAAACCGCCUCUCAUUGUUUCUCUCAUAUCAUCUCACCCAACUCUUAAUUGAUUUUUAGCUUUAAUUUUUAUGGUUUUAUUUUCUGUUCUGAUUUCUACCUUCUCACUGGUGCCAUUAUUCCUAUGUUGGUGUUUUCACGCUGCUUGUGUGCAUCAUGGGCUUGAUUUGUGUGCACAUGCGGCACACAUUUCCUUCUCAUUGGAUGCUACUCGGUUCUGAGGCAGAAGUGACGAAGGAAACGAAGACGGGGAGCUUCGUCUUGCCUCGUCUAAACUUAACCCCUGCUUCCUCUUGGACUGUGACUCACAGCUUUGUCGUGACAUGGUGGUGAGGUUAACAAUCUGACAAUAUGAUGAUGAUGAUGAUGAUGAAAGUUAAGAGACACAUCACAACAGCGGCCUGGUACAGGAGGUUAAAGGUGAUAAACCUGCCUUGACAGCUACUCUUACUCCCCAAAUACACAAAGGUGUAUUCAGGUGUAACUGUGGACUCAAAUAAGGUUUUGCUUCUUUUUCUUUUUUUUUAAAUGUGUAUUUUCUCCCUUAAUUUAUACUCAUAUAAUAUUGUCUUUAAACAACAAAGACACAAUAAUGAAAAAAGAAGAUAAUAAAGCUGUUAUUGUUGACACUG